UAAAUAUGAUUGUGCAUGCAUGAUAAUUCUCAUCACUCACAAACUUCUACUCUAUAUAAACAAGGCUAGUUAGUGUGCAUCCCAUCUCUUAAAACAUUGCUUGAAUUCAUCCACAAUGAAUGGUGAAAAUCAAACAAAAUUCGUUCUCGAAAACAAUGAAGAAAAAAUUCAAGAGGUGCAAAAAAACCUUCCAAAAUCUCCUUUCAUGGGUAGUGAACUUGUUCAACUAGCAAAAUAUCAAAACAUUUGGUAUGGUGAUAUGUAUAUCCAAAACAUACUCAAGUUACAAAGAAACUUUGUAGCUCAAGACACCGAUCUUAUAAUUGGUAGUCUCAUGAAAACCGGCACCACUUGGUUAAAAGCUUUACUUUUUGCUAUUGUCAACCGUGCUCACCACCCCGUUGCUCAAAGCCCUUUGCUUAGCCAUCACCCACAUGAACUUGUACAUAGCCUCGAGCCACUCUAUGGUGAGCAUCCCUCACAUAACCCUAAUGACAUCCCUUCGCCGAGGCUUUUUAGCACUCAUUUGUCCUACACAUCCCUUCCUGAAUCCAUGAAGAAUUCAAAAUGUCGAAUUUUGUACAUUUGUCGAAAUCCCUUGGACAUGCUUGUGUCACUGUAUUUUUUCUCUAUUAACUUCAUGAAGAAGCAAGUAGAAGAUUUCAAACCCCCUUCUAUGGAGGAAUUCUUUGAAGAUUUUUAUGUUGGGAGACAUCCAUGUGGCCCUUUCUUCAAACAUGUUGUUGAAUAUUGGAAGGCAAGUUUAGAGCGACCAGAAAAAGUGUUAUUCCUUAAGUAUGAGGAUUUGAAAGACGAUCCAACUUUUCAUUUGAAAAGGUUGGCUAAAUUCAUAGGCGUACCAUUUUCACCACACGAGGAGAGUGAAGGUGUUAUAACACAAAUAAUCGAGCUUUGUAGCAUCAAGACUAUGAAGGGAUUGGAAGUUAAUAAGAGCGACAACAAGGCAAUCGACAAGUUCUUCGAUAAGAAGACCUACUUUAGGAAGGGAGAGGUCGGAGAUUGGAUUAAUCAUUUCACUCCUACUAUGGUGGAAAGGAUGAAAAAAUUGAUGGAAGAAAAACUUGAAGGCACUGGGUUAUCUUUUACGUUACUUCCUCAAUAAUAAUGUUGAUAACUUGCAAAUCAUCCAUGCCAUUUUAUUGGGUUAUAUAUACGUAUGCUUUGUCCUUUCAUGAGGUUUUUCUUCAUUUUGUUCACAAAUAUUGUAUGUAGUAUUAAGAUUGUUUCUUCCUGAUGAAUCUGUCUAUUUUCUAUCUAUGUAUGUAAUUUCGUAAAUAAAUUCACCUCAUGAUUAAUUUUCUAUUUGAAUCCUUAUUUUGGGUCUUCCAAUUGUAAGUUGUACUUAAUCUGGUGUUUAUGAACAUUUAAACACGUGAUGACACUUGUUAAAUCACUUAAUAUCGUACAAUAUCCUUUUUACUACUCAGAGUAACUCCAAUGGUUGUAGUUAGGGACUUGUUUGCAUUAUUAAAUAAUCCCUAGCUACUUAGCUUGUCUAAGCAAAUUAACGCCAAGCUAAUUUGCUUGAAGAAAAACUUCCCCAAAUAAAACAAAAUAUAAGAGUCAAUAAAAUGAAAUAUAAAAAAAUUACAUUUAAAUUGUAAGCUAAUAGUUAGCCAUUGGAGCUCAAAUUAGCUACAAUGACAAUUAGUUAAAAAUCUUAUAUGGCAUGUCAAGCUAAUUGUCAAAUUAGCUUAUCAUUGGGCUAGCUCUCAUGUAGUAAAAUUUACAAUUAGAAAUCUUUAACUACUUUUGAUACUUUGUAAAGAAAAUAAAAAAAAUUACUCCGUACAUACCAUAUAUGAUAAUAUGAAUGUGUGAUAGACUGCUAGUUCAUAUUGGAGUCAUUAGAGGGUGAUUUGGUAUCAAUGUACCAUCAGACAUCAGCCCAUCACCCUUAGCUCUGUUGUGAGGCCUAAGUUGUGACUCUUGUGAGGAAGUUUAUCAACAAUAUCUAAUAUCUAAAAUGGCAAAUGUAAUGCUCUUUCAAAAACCGUAUAAAGCCACCAAACAUGACUAUUCGGAAAUGGAAAAGUACAUUUUAUAAUAAAGAUUAUUGAAAUAAUGUAAGCCCUUUGCCCCCAACAAUCAAUUUAAAUAUUAUAGAAUCAAAUACGGAUCUAGGAUUAUUUCAUUAGGCAGGCCGAACCCAAGCCAAAAAUGUGCAUUGUAAGGCCAGGGUCUGACCCAAAAUAAGCUCAAAUUCCCUAACAUGUCUCAAAGCAAGCAAGCAUUGAAUACAGUUUUCAUUACAAAAUUGAUUUUGGCAUGAUCAUACAAUAAUCUUAAAUUGAUUUUCCACCAAUUUCAUUCAUGCAUGUAGCUUCAUUUUUGGAAAUAAUUUUAACACAUUUUAAUAAUUUGUACCAUAAUUCCCUUAAAUGAAGAUCGAGAUCGACGAGACAGUGAUCCAUUCCAGGGUGUCAGAGAUAAUUUAUCAUAAACAAACUCAAUGCUAAAAUCAAGCCUACAAUAGUACAUGUUAUAACAGCUAGAUACAAUCCAGAAGUGCUAAGUCAAAGAUAUCAUCAGUUUUAUUUAAGUCAUCCUUUGUUAUUUGUAUGUAAACCAUUGUAAAUUUGUAAUUAUUUCUCUUUGUAAACAAUACAGUUCUACUUCUUCAAAAAUAUAAUUAUUAGUGUAAACUGAAAUAAAAUAGACGAGUACCAUAUACUACGUAAUUUUUUUCCGCUUAAUUAGGUCAUGUUCUUUUAAGCUAGAACAGAACUGAAUGUUUUACUACACGUACUACUAUUAUUACUUACUAUUCCCUAUUAUUAUUAGUAUCACCUAU